AUGCCUGCUUCCUCAACGAAGACAGGCAGCGCUGGCAUUGAGGACAUCCAGCGAACCCUGUUGGGCAUCUUUAACUACUAUGCAUCCCCGUCCAGCCACCCUGGGGAGAGGCUGUUGCGUGCAUCAAAGCUGAGAAGGAUGUGCUUGGACAGCGGCAUCAUUGACGAGGAGCACAAGGGCAACGGGCUCACAGAUGUUCGCGUUGACUUGAUAUACACUAGGAUACACAGCAGUGGAGACCAGGCGGUACCAGGUCUUAAUAAGUACCAGUUCAUGGACGCUGUCGUUGCUGUCGCUGAGGAGAAAUAUCAGACGGGGAAUCCUGCAGUAUCUCUGGCCCGACUUUACUCUGAACAUCUGUCUAGCUUUGACAUGGAGGGAAUAGUAGAAGACCCGAAAGCUGCUGCUGUUGGCAUCGUGGAACAGUCUGAAGGCUCUGGCGAGAAGAGAGAAGUCGACGAGGAGGUGGUCAGAGUCUUCGAUGCUUGCCGACGGCCGCUCAUACGGUUAUAUAGUGGAUACUUCCCAAUGGAACUCCACGGUGAAGACCCUGAGAAAGACAAGAGUGCCGCGGCUACACACGCCCUGCACGGCUAUUCUCAGAAGCAGUUGUGUCAGGUCUUCAUAGAUUUUGAGCUGUGCCCGGUUAUCCUGCCAAAGUCUCAAAUCUUCCAAGUAUUCCGCAGCGUUAUGAAGGAUGAGAGAAUCGCCGAAAGGGCCGCCAGGAGAUCGUCACUUGGCGGCCGCUAUUUUACCUAUACUCACUUCGAAGCGGCGCUACUAAGAACGGCUGGGGUUCUGUUCACCGACUUGGACGUGGUCACAGGGGCUCCUGCCUCAACGCAGACGGAUGCCGCACGGCUGGUCAGGUUGCUUGAUAGAAUGGACCAGUCUAAGAUUUGCCGCACUCCCGAUGGUAGCGAGAGCAUCGUCGAAGCCAUUAAGACUGCUGCCGGCGAACCUCGAGGGAGUUGUGUUGAAUUCGCCACAACAGCCGCGACCUGUGCGGAGUUUCACCGCUUCCUGCGAGAUGCUGGUUUGAUGAAAGCAACAAAUGCCGAAGCGCCAGCCAACGGCAGUCAGCUCCUCACGUCGGUAGCCGCUGACUUGAUAUUCCUGAGGAGCACUGAGCGUGCUAAGAACAGAAGCUCAGCGAAGCAUCGGCAUUAUCUGGACCGUGACGGCUUCCAAAGGGCCCUUGUGCGGGUCGCCCGAGCAUUUUAUGGCCAUCAUGGUAGGCUUGGGCUUACGGACGCUGAAAUAUUGAGAAAAAUCACGGUGGAGAAGAUCAGACCGCUUUUGGAGGUCUUGGGCUCCCCUGGUGGUGCUGAUGGCGAACUGGUUCAUGAGUGCCUAUCUGAUCUCCAGGAUCCUCACUCCGGCCUUAGCAAGACGUUAACGCAUCUUCAUCCGGGCAUCCGGACUCUAUUCAAUCACUAUGCUGAAGUGGAAGGGAUGUCGCUCGAAGGGUUCAUGAGGUUCUGUAAGGAGUUUGAGAUUUCCUCCAACUCCCGUGAUGACGUGCGAGGCUGUAGCCGACUACCACUACAAAGGAUUUUCUACGAUGCAAGUCAUGAGGUUGGUCAUCCAGCUCACCAUGAUGGGAGCAAGGCUACUAGUCUACCGAUGAGCCAUAAGGAGCAGUACAGCUCUGUUCUCACCCUCUCACCCGAGGCCUUCACACUGGCCUUUAUCAUGUUAUCGCGGAAACUGAUGUCACAGUCGUUGUCGAUCGCCGAAGGGCUGCAGCGGUUUGCUGCUAGACUCAAUCAUACUAGUAUCACCAUGGCUGUCACCAGCAGCGGAGGUGGCUCUGGCGUAAAUCCUCAAUUUUCGAUCGACCAGCUCCUCUGUGAGCGAAACGUGCUAGCGAGUCUUAUUUAUAAGAUGAACAACGCGCAUGGGAGACUCCCCUAUUUCGGAGCUCUUCGAAAACUGCAGCGGAACUUAGAUGCUCUUCUCGACACCGCUGGCUCCAGUGAUAGCAAUAACAUCUCUGCUUGGUCAGCCGUGCUAGCACGGGCUGAAGCGGACAAUGCAGCGGAUGGGAGUGGCCAGUAUGCUCGGACGGUGAUCGCGUCGUUGGAAGGCUUGGCUAAGGACGCCUUCGCAGCAGCAGCCCCAAUGAGGGAGCUAUUGUCGAGGGGCCACUGGCUUCCCUUUGGUCUCACGGUGGUGGGCUGUACAGCGAGGAUAGUGAUGAUUGCAGAGAACCUAGUCAUAGCGUUGCAGCCCUAUGCUCGAGCGGUGAAGCGAUCACCACAGAUGAACUCGUCAUGCUUUGACGAAAGCAUGGUGGUGGAUGAGGAGGAGGACAUGGGUGUCGCCGUGAAGGCGAAUGACGCGACCAGCAGUCUCUACGUUCACCCCGUCAAUGCUGUGUUGUUUAAUCAGAGAGCUCCUCGGUAG